AUGCUGGGACAGUUUAUCGGAAAAGAACAGCGAAAUUGGGACGACUUACUACCCGAAAUGACACUAGCGCUUAAUACCAGUGUUUGCGAAGCCACCGGCUACAGUCCUGACUUCUUAGUACAAGGACGCGAGCCGCGAGUACCAAAAGCCCUCUACGACGAACAAACUUUCAGUACCGGCCAAACGACGACGACACCAGAGGCGAAGGCAACGAAAAUGCGAGAGGUAUUUGAGAUGGUAAGGCGAAAUCAGCAGACAGCGUCGAUCGAGCAAGCGCGUCAUUACAACUUGCGCAGUAGGAAAUGGCAACCAGGGGUAGGUGACCGAGUGCUGGUGAAGGAGCAUCACCUAUCGAAGGCGAUGGAAAACUUCGCGGCAAAACUUGCACCGAAGUAUGCUUGGCCGUACCGAGUGACGAACUUCGUUUCGCCAGUAAUCGUCGAAUUAGACAAGGUACAUAACGGUAAGAGGAGAACAGCACAUCUGAGUGAGCUGAAGCCAUUUUACGGCGAUAAAGAGGCCGACGCGGCAGAGUCACCAAAAAUCCUGCCCCGGCAUGCACCUGAGCCUAAUUCGGCGCAAGGCGAAGAAUAG